GGGCGGUUGGUCGCCCGGGAGCGGGGGCAGCAUGUUCGGAUGCGCUCUACUUAAGGUCCUGCUGCGUGAGCCAUUGACGUGUUUGGAGCUGGAGACGGCCUGGGUGCUGGCGAAGCGGAGGCCCGAGGUCUCUCGGUCACCCAGUCUGGAGUGCACUGGUGCAAUCACAGCUCACUGUAGCCCUGACUUCGCAUGCUAUAGUGAUCCUUCCAUCUUAGCCUUCCAAGUACCUGGGACCACAGGCACAUGGCACGACACCCGACUAAUUUUUGUAUUUUUUGUGGAGAUGGGGUUUUGCUAUGUUGCCCAGGUUGAUCUCGAACUCCUGAGCUUAAGCAGCCCUCCCACCCCAACCUCCCAAAGUGCUGGGAUUACAGGCACGAGACACCCCACCUGGACCAUAGAUACAUUUCAAUCCAAUAUAUGGCCUUUGUGUUGAGGCAUGACAAUACAAAGGAGAAACACGUUCAAGUUUUUAUUCACAAAAUACAGGGAAUACAUGAAAUUCCUCACUAAAUGAUCAUUGUGCCAAAAUCAAAAUUUCAGUGAGAAGACUAUUAGGAUACCCUUGGAAAUGCUGAAGCUGAGAGAUCCUGACAUAAAUCCCUGCAUGUUGGAAUCUGAUGCCUCCAUCAGAUGUCUGGAUGCAAAUAACUAUGACAAGGAAAGGUGUUCUACUUACUUCUUGAAGUACAAAAACUGCCGGAAAUUCUGGCAUUCUAUCAUGAUCCAGAGAAGACAGAACGGAGUGAAGCCAUUUAUGCCUACGGCAGCAGAAAGAGAUGAAAUCUUGGGAGAAAUGGGAAAGAUGCCUUAUUGAAUGUUUAUAUUAAAAUUGCUUAUAGAACUUAGAAGCAGAUGAAUACUUUUAAUAAAUGGUUGCUAUAAUAUUUAA